AUGUCGGCCUACUCCGAGGAAGUACUAAUCUCUAAACUCAACAAACUUGUCGACACUCAAGAAUCUAUUUCCCUACUAUCACAGUGGUUCAUGUACCACCGACGACAUGUAGCAACUAGUGUGGAUAUUUGGAAUCGAGAGUUACGAAAAGCAAGUUCAGCGCGGAAAGUUUCAUUCAUAUACCUCUGCAAUGAUGUUUGUCAAAAUAGUCGUCGUAAAGGUCCGGAAUUUGUGAGAGAAUUCCGUAAAGUACUUCCAGAUGCUAUCGAACAUACGUAUCGUCAUGCCACUGCCGAUGUUCAAAACAAGAUAAGGCGUGUUGUCAAUAUUUGGGAGGAACGUGAAGUCUUUGAUAAAGAUUUUCUGGAUGAAUUACGGAGAAACUUUGCGGGAACGAAUUCAUCACUACCUGGAAGUUCUAUUGCAAAAAGGCAAAUAGAUAAACAGACGAAGGCAGGUACCUCUAUAUCACCACCCCCUGGACGUUCUGAUAUAGCAAAAUUGGUUUCGACCACACAUACUAUUGUAGAUAUGGAAUCUAUCAUUCAGGAAUAUGGAAGGAAGGUUGCAAAGCUUUGGACGGAAAUAAUGGAAGCAGAAGAAAAGCCCGGACCAUCCAUUCUUUCGCAACAACUUGAUUAUCUCCUUCGAGUGCUGAUAGAACAAAAAAAUCUGAUCACAAGGAAUAUCUCUAAUCGAACACAAUUCAUCAUUCAGAUGAAAGAAAUAAUAGCACAAGAAGAAAUGAAGCUUAGAAUAGAUAACAAAACUCUUCUAGAUACUCAAAGCAAAAUUAAUGAAGCUAAAGAAUGUUCAGAACAAUUAAAAGCUAUUACAGAGUUUCCAACGAUCACCAUUAUGGAUGAACAUAAUAAACAGCAACAACAAACUCAAAGAAUUCCUGAAAUUAAACGAGAGGAAUCCUCUGAAAAUAACAAUUCAUUUUAUGAUCCUACCACUCAUUUGAUUCUUCCCCCUACAUCUUUUGCCGCCGAUAUUUUACCUCCUUCGGAAACUCAAUUGUUUGGAGAUUCAUUAAUUAAUAAUUAUUUACAACUUCCAUAUCAAACCACGUCUAUUUCUUCAUCUAUAUCUAAUUCACCAGCACCAUCUAACACCAGUGAUGAACAUAGCGAUCCCUUAGUAUCUGCAGAUACCUAA